UGAGCAGUCAUGGCUGCGUAGCUGUGUGGUUGUACAUGUGUGCGGUUUAAACUGAUAUCUCUCCGGUUUUGUCGCGUUUAUUAACCGCGCUUGCUGGAAUAGCUGUGUUUGUGGAGCCUGGCUGGUUCAUAGCUGUGAACACGGUAAGCGGUCGUGAUUAAAGGAGCGGUUUUGCUGUGUUUUCAGUGACUGUAGCUCAGCUGAGACUGUCAAGAUCAUGAAUCUCCCGAGACUUUAUCACAGACUACGACUGACAGUCUCGCAGGCGCGGUCCCUCCACAUCAGCGCAAACGGUCAGCAGGUGGAGCAGGUCGCGGUGGCAGUAGAUCCAGAUGUUCCAAGCCAGUUUUCAGUGUUCAGGACGUCAGAGAAUGACCCGACCUGUCAUACAGAACUGCAUGCUGGUCAGUAUUACACCCUCCCUCCUGCACAUGUGCGCACACUGUUCCCACAUGGACUGCCCCCGCGCUUCCAGACGCAGAUGAAGACGUUUAACGAAGCGUGUGUGAUGGUGAGGCAGCCGGCGCUGGAGCUCAUCUCCUACCUGAGGAAAGCAGACUACAGCAAACCUGCCCUGCGCUACGUACUCUAUGGAGAGAAGGGCUGCGGGAAGACUCUGUCUCUGUGCCAUGUGCUUCAUUUCUGCUCCACUCAAGGAUGGCUAGUCCUGCACAUACCAGAUGCUCAUUUGUGGGUGAAGAACUGCCGGGAGCUGCUGCCCUCGUCGUCCCGCCCAGGCCGCUUUGAUCAGCCAAUCCAAGCCUCGAAUUGGCUGAAGAAUUUUAAAACCACCAAUGAGCACUUUCUCUCCAAGAUAAAGACGACGCAGCGUUACGUAUGGACGAAGAGAGAGAGCACAGAAGAAGGACGGCCUUUAGGGGAGCUGGUUGACCAGGGCAUGUCCCGUGUGAAGAGCAGCAGUGAUGUGGUGGGGGCACUGCUGAGGGAGCUGAGGCUGCAGGCGGGGGGCGCCGCAGAGGGAGCUUUCAGACUGGCUGUGGCUGUAGAUGGAGUGAACGCACUGUGGGGGAAAACAACUCUGAAGAAGGAGGACAAGAGUGAGGUUUUUCCAGAGGAGCUAACGCUCAUCCAUAACCUGAGGAAGAUGUUGAGAAAUGACUGGUGUGGGGGAGCCAUUCUCACGACGCUGUCUCAGACAGGAUCUCUGUUCAAACCUCGCUCAGCCUACCUGCCCAUGGAGCUGCUGGGAGAGGAGGGGUUUGAUAACAUGGACCCCUUUGUGCCAAUCCCCAUUUCCAACUACAGCGAUAAGGAGUUUGAGAGCUGUUACCUGUACUACAUGGACCGUAACUGGCUCCAGCAUCCACACAGUCGAACAGAGGAGGGAAAGAAGGAGCUCAUCUUUCUCAGCAACAGAAAUCCAUCCAUUCUGGAAAGAUUGUGUGCUUUCCUCUAAUAAAUAUUCAUCUCUCUCUCUCUCUCUCUCUCUCUCUCUCUCGCUCUCUCGCUCUCUCGCUCUGACUCUUUCUGUGUAAAAUUCUACGUAAUACAGAUUACAUAUGUGGUUCAUGUCUUUAAUAAUAAAAGUCCUUCUGGGGGUAAAAAA